GAGAAAGGGAGGGAGGAGGGAGGAGGAGAAGGGGUGCGCAUUCCCGCAUUGCCUGCGCAGCCAACUCCAGGGCUGUGUGCGGGACUCCGUAGCCGAACAUGGGGUUCAGCCGCGUCGCCGUUCGCGUGAAGUUGCUCUGAGGAGAAAGCGCGCGUGGAGCAGGGAUAAAGCCUCGACUUCUGCGACGAACUCGACCAUCUCCAUCGGAGCGCGCGUGCCCGAAAGCGGGGGGAGAAAGCGAGCGGGGCUUUGGUGGAAAAGUCCGACUUUCGCCGCCGCGGACCCGCCGAGCUCUUCCAAGGACGGUGGGAAGCGAGGCGCAAAGUUUCAUGCUGAAUAUUCCUGCGUUAACCUGAGGCAGGGUGCACGGGGAGCAGUAGGUCUCGGAGCUCCAAUGCCAGUGGACAUGCAGCCACACCAGGGGCUGUAUCACUAUGAGACCUCACCCAGCCAGCCCUCCAGAGGGCUCGCCCCAAGCGAUCAGUCUCCCUACAGCGAUGUGUCCUCGCUGCGCGCCCCACUCCUCAACGGUCCGCCCCAGGAGUGCCGCACCAUGUACAACCCCAUGACUCCCAGUAUGAAUCAUGGAUCGGGACCAGGACAGGGAAUUGGGCCCUGCAUGGUUCAAUAUAUGAGGCCCCCUCAGGCGCCGCCGCCACACAGUAUGACUCAUCGGGGGAUGUUGCCCCCAGAGGGGGGCAAUGGCCCACCCUACUGCACCCAGAACAACAUGAUGUCCUCUCAUCAUAACUUCUGCCAGGUGCAGCCCGGCUCGGAUCCGAUCGGCUCAGGCGAUGGCUCGCGGUUCUCCACGCCUCGCUCCAUGCUGAAAUUGAGUAAAAAGAGAGCGCUGUCCAUCUCUCCUCUGUCUGACGCCAGCGUAGACCUGCAAACAGUCAUCCGGACGUCACCCAACUCCCUGGUGGCCUUUGUCAACUCUCGCUGCAACCCCAAUGGGGCCAGCUCUUAUGGCCACCUCUCUGUGAGCGCCAUGAGUCCGUCCAUGGGUUACUCCAGCAAUAUGAACUGUCAGUCCAGGCAGCAAGUGUCCAUGUAUGGUGGAGGUGGGGGUACGCCUGUCGGGGGACACCCACCGGGCCCCUGCCAAGCCUCCCGCCUCCCUCCACACAAUCCUCGGCUCCACGUUCCACCCAAGCACGGACAUCUAAAAACAGAGCCAGGACUGGGAGGUGUGAUGGACGGCAUUAACGUGAAGAGCCUGGAGGAGAGGUCAGAGGGAGAUGUGGCCAGUCCUUCUUCCACUGGCACUCAGGACCCUCUCUUGGGCCUAUUGGAUGGUAGAGAUGAUUUGGAGAAAGAGGAUGGGAAGCCGGAACCCGAGGCCAUCUAUGAAACUAACUGUCACUGGGAAAGCUGCAACAAGGAAUUCGACACACAAGACCAGCUAGUUCAUCACAUCAAUAACGAGCACAUCCACGGCGAGAAGAAGGAGUUUGUGUGCCACUGGCAGGAGUGCUCCAGAGAACAGAGGCCUUUCAAAGCCCAGUACAUGCUGGUGGUUCAUAUGCGCAGACACACCGGAGAGAAGCCACACAAGUGCACUUUUGAAGGUUGUAACAAGGCCUACUCUCGCCUGGAGAAUUUGAAGACCCACCUGCGCUCUCACACUGGGGAGAAACCAUAUGUAUGUGAGCAUGAAGGCUGCAGCAAGGCCUUCUCCAAUGCAUCCGACAGGGCCAAGCAUCAGAACCGAACUCACUCCAAUGAGAAACCUUAUGUGUGUAAAAUCCCUGGUUGCACUAAGCGGUAUACAGAUCCCAGCUCUCUGCGUAAACACGUAAAGACAGUGCAUGGUCCUGAAGCCCACAUCACCAAGAAGCAUCGUGGAGACACAGGCCCUCGACCCCCUGGCUCAGCUGUGACUCCUGGAGGUCAGACCUCUGAACUGCUCCUGGAGAAAGAGGAGAUACGUAGGGAAGACUGCAAACUCCUGGCUCCCGAGACUGCUCUGAAAUCACAGCCAAGUCCAGGCGGUCAGUCAUCCUGUAGUAGCGAACGUUCACCACUGGGGAGCACCAACAAUAACGACAGCGGGGUGGAGAUGAAUCUGAAUGCAGGCGGCAGUUUGGAGGAUCUCACAGCACUGGAGGAUGGAAUAGCCAGUGGGGGAGGAGCCGGAGGAGGGGAGCCAGGAAGUGUGGGAGGAACCAUGGGAAUGUCAGCACAGGCCCUAAAGAGGCUGGAGAACCUAAAGAUCGACAAGCUGAAGCAAAUUCGGAGGCCAACCCCUCCUGGACGCUGUGCAAACAAUAAGCUACCUGCAAUUUCUGGUUCAGGGGAAAAUAUGGGAAUGUGUGCACCUUCUCCGCUCCUCUCAAAUCGACGUGUUAUGGAGCUGUCGAACCAUGAGCUGGGAGGUGGAACAUCAAUCAACUGCUCAACCAAUGACAGGAGAGGGAGCGGCACCAGCAGCUUGAGCUCUGCAUACACUGUCAGCCGGCGCUCCUCCAUGGUGUCUCCUUACCUGUCCAGUAGACGCUCCAGUGAGGUCUCCCAGAUGGGCGGAGGGUGUCACCUCCUCGGCCAAGAACACAGUGUAGGAGACCCCCUUUCCCCUGAAGUCAGUCGUAGAGGAGCGCCAUGUCCUGGAGGAGGAGGGUUGCCAGGCCUUCCUAAUUUAACCCCUGCUCAGCAAUACAGCCUGAAGGCCAAAUAUGCUGCAGCGACUGGUGGACCACCCCCAACUCCUUUACCGAACAUGGAGCAUCCAGGAACCCCGGGCAGAAGAGGUGUUUUGAGUGAGUUCCAGGGGCAGCCACUGCCUCCGUUCUUUCAACACGGUGGUCCACGCAGGCACAGUGCAAACACAGAGUAUGGCACCGGUGUCAUUUACCCUCACCAGGCUCCAGGUAAUGCCAACAGGAGAGCCAGUGACCCAGUUCGAUCAGCAGCAGAUCCACAAGCUCACCCCAAGCGCUUCAAUAGCCUUAAUAAUGUGUCUAUGAUGGGCCGAAGGAACACACUGCAACACCGUGGCUCCGACUCCAGUCUGGCUCGACACAUGUACUCCCCUCGGCCGCCUAGCAUUACAGAGAACGUGAUGAUGGAGGCAAUGGGUAUGGAGCCCCAUCUGGCCCCUGUUGAUACAAGGGAUCGAUCCCUGAUGCUGCCCCCGGGAGAGAGAACCUUCAUGGGAUACCAGCAACAGCAUCAGUCUCAUGGAGGAGUCGGAGGUGCAGGUCCAAAUCAACUCUCUCCAGGCCACGACUCUCUGGGCUGUCCAGACCAGAGUUACAUGCAAGGGCACUAUCAGAACCAUGGAGGAGAAGUUACCUCCAGGGCAAUGGGAAACCCAAUUGGCCAGUCAAGACCUAAUCAUCCAGAAGGCAUGUCUAAUACGCUUCUCCAGCAAGCUGAGUACAGUAUGAGCACCUGCCAGCUCAGUCCCUCAGGCCCACAUUAUCCAAGCAUAGGCCAGGGUGGUGAUGCAGGGGGUCCUUGGGGUGACAACCAAUCUUCCAAUCAUGCUCUCCAGAACCAGAGAACCAUGCAGUAUUCAGAGCCCAGUCUGCAGCCUCAACAGGCGCAGGCCCACUUCAACAAUCAGACCGGCCUCUAUAACAGUCCUGAAGGAACACACAAACUCACCAUCAAGCCUGAGCAGCAGUUCCACUCUGGGAUGGGAGGUGGGGAUGCCUGUCAAAGUGCCAAGCUGCAACAGCAGCGAAUGCUUCUCCAUCAGACUCAAGGCUACUCACAACAGUCAGGUCAGGUUAUGAUGAGGAACUCUAACAAUCCCAGUUGUGACUUUCAAGGGCAGAACCAAAACUCUUUCCCCAAUGGAGGGGGCUUGAGUUUGGGCUGCGCUGGAUCUGCUCUUUCAGACGGGCAGAGGUCAGAAACCCCCAUGAUGCAGGUGAAGGAGAUGAUGGUGAGGAACUAUGUGCAGUCCCAGCAAGCCCUCAUGUGGGAGCAGCAACAAGAGCAGCAGAGUGGAAUAAAACCUCCUCCUCGUUCCGACAGCAUGGAUAUGAGCAGCCAGACAGCACUGUUGCAGCACAGUCCACAGAACCAAAACCAGAAUCUUUACUCCAAUCAGGCCUAUCCUUCCUACCCCAACCAGAAUCUGGUCAUGAGCCCAUCAAGCCAGACCCAUGGGCCGAGCACUGUGACAUCUAAAGACCAACAACUGACAGGUCUCCAAGCGUCAUGCUAUGGUCAAGAUGUGGUGGUCCCCAGGCCUCCUCAGGGACGGAAACCUCUCAGCCGUCAGAGCAGCUUGUCACAGGGAGGAGGGGGCUACCUCGGCAGCCCUCCCCACCUGAGCCCCGUUCACUCUACUUCCAGCCCCAGGCGAGUGGUCCGCCUUCCUCCAGUUCAGCAUUCACAGCAUACCCAGAAUGACAUGUUCUCGCCUUCCAAUAACAACAACAUUUACUAUACGGGGCAGAUCAACAUGGAAAUGGAGAAACACAUGGACCCCCAGAAUGGGCCUUGUAUCAACCAACAGCAUAGUUUGGUAUCCAACCUGGACCCAACAGCUGAUACUAAGUCUGCUCCCAUGGGUCGAUAUCGUGAGUCUGGGCCUGUCCCCAAUGCCUUAGAAAACCUGGACCUGGACAAUACCCGCAUAGACUUCACCUCCAUCAUCGAUGAUGCGGAGUCGUCCUCAUUCAGCCCUGUCAACAACCCCCUGCAGGGUCAGCCAGGAUCUUCCUCACAGGCCUCGUCCCGUCUCACCACCCCUCAGACUUCUGUCAGCCUAGCUGCAGGAACCGGCCUGUCCAACAUGGCUGUGGGUGAUAUGACGUCCAUGCUUACCUCACUGGCUGGGGAGAAUAAAUACCUGAACACGCUGUCUUAGAAAAAGACACUAUAUGACUCAGUAUAUAUCCAGACUAACAAUCAAACAGAGGCCUUUGCCAGGACUUUCGGUACCAACCUGGGGUUUAAAACACUUACACGUCUAGGGAUUUACUUUUGUACAUUGCAGGAAAUGUAAAGUAUAUGGUUGCAAUCUCAUUAUUGUAGGUAAAGAUGCCUGAUCUCCCUCACAGCCUUGUUACUCAGUAUUCUUUGUGCCUUAUGGUAUACAUUUAGCUACAAGCCUGAUCUGAAACUGAUGAUGAACUUUUGUUACCAGCCAUUCCAGUCACAUUGGGCAACUGUGGAGAAGGAAACAUGUAAAUAGUUUUUAUAUACAUUUAUAUAUGUUGUGUUUAUGACAGCGAGGCAUUGGGUGAGUCAUCCCUUGUCUUGACAGACUGCUUGGAUUCUGAAGGCCGGUGGGAGGUGUUACGAUAGUUUGAAGAGACGCUUUUUAGUGAUUGAGAAACAAUUUCUCAGUGCUACUAAACAUUAAUCGGCAUUGCUAGGUUGCUAGGGAGCUCUUCCUCGUCGUGAACAACACACUCUACACCAGUGGCAGAUCAGUAUUCCCACAUAUGCGCAACUCCACACACACACACACACACACACACACACACACACACACACACACACACACACACACACACACACACACACACUCAGGACUUGUUUUAAUCUUUAGAUUACGUCGUAAUUGCCUUUCCAGACAGAGAGUUUGCACUCCACAUGUUUACUGUAAGUGUUCUAAAAGCAGCUGUGUAGGUUUUUCAGUGGUGUUCAAAUCUGCAAUAACAAUAAGUGUCUUUUUGCUUCUAAGGUACAUACAGCAGGGGGUGCAACCAUUCCCUCUGCAUUAUACGUCUGACAUUCAAACAUUAACUCAACAGAUGUCUUAGCUGAGGCUCGAUUGCAUCUGUUAAAAGAACAGUCACAGUUGCCUUUAUGUUAAAAAUACGGAGGCACAUUCAUAGUAGAGUGCUGCUGCACUCUGGCUCUAAUCCCAAAGAGGACUUGGAAAAGGAUAGGAAAAAUGUUAUGUGCCUAAAUUUCUAAUGUGAUCAAGUGCCAGAAUCUUUCUUAAAUUGGAGCCACUGUAGUAAAAUAUGCAUUGCAUAUGUACACUAAGGUACUUGUUGAACUAUGUCAUACAAAAGAAAUCUGCGGAUGUUGGCAGGAGAACUAAUUUUACACUGUGGCUUUGCACUGACUACAGCACUGUGUACAACUACGCACAUAGACCUCAUUUAGAUAAGAAUGAAACAUCAUCACAGUAUUUUAAACAGAAAUUCAAGGACACACCUGAGCACAGCUAGACUCAACGGGGCCACAUUUUCAUACUGGGCAAGCACACUAGGUGACUUUUUAGAAGUAAAUAAUCAAAGUGGGCUUAGUUAUCAGUGGGAAUGAUGUUUAUUCUCAUUCAUACACGUGGACAACCAAAGACACCUUAUAUAUGACCUUAAAGGAUGCACAAGUAGUUGCUUUUAACAUUAUACUAACACCAGCAAUAAGGGCAUGAACGUUGACUGAUAGUGCUGUCUUUUUAGAAUGUAUGAAAUGUUUUGUACAAAACUAUCUUUUUAUAGUAAUGAACUUUAUGGAUGCUGCCUUGGACGUGUGCUGUUUUUUGUAUAACUGUCAUCCUUCAUUCUGACUUUUUUGCUGGCAAAAGAAAGCUAUACUAGUAGCAUUAGACAAAUAGACAAAAGCCAAGUGUUAUAUUUUGUGUACAAUUUUCUACAUUUUUAUACAAAUGUGCUAUAUUUGACCAGUUUGUGAAUAAACAUGUUCAGUUUGUGAUGGA